GCUUGCUGGGUUGGCGGUUGGAGCCGUCGGCUACGGGUGUCAUGUCUCACCCCGGGGUGCUUCUGACCAAGGAGCCGGCUCCUCAGUGCAUCCCUGUUUCCGAGCUGCCCAUGAAGGUGUACGAGCCGGCUCUGAACACCGGCCCGGACUCCUCCUGCGGCUUGGCGACGGCCGGCUUCCGCACGGCCAAGUACCUGCCCGAGGAAUGGCACCAGCACAACUACGCCCAGUACCACGAGGCCUUUGCCGACCGCGACCACUCCGAACGGUGCCGCCUGGAGUCCAAGAACCUGGCGGCCUACACGGCCGAGCUGGCCCAGCGCACCCAGGAGGACUCCACGGCCAAGGUGGGUGAGCGCCUGCAGGACAUCCACUUUUGGAAGUCGGAGCUCCAGAGAGAAAUCGAGGACCUGGCGGCCGAAACCGACCUGCUGGCGGCCCAGAAGUUGCGGCUGGAGCGGGCCCUGGAUGCCACUGAGGUCCCCUACAGCAUCGCCACGGACAAUCUGCAGUGUCGUGAGCGCAGGCAGCCCCCCGACCUGGUGCGGGACCAGGUGGAGGCAGAAUUGCUCAAGGAAGCUGAGCUCAUCAGAAAUAUCCAGGAGCUCCUGAAAAGAACGGUGAAGCAAGCUGUUAAUCAGAUGCAGCUGAAUCGAGAUCACAAACAGAUCUGUGAAAUGGACUGGUCGGACAAAAUCGAAACAUACAACAUCGAUGAGAAAUGUGGGAGGUACAAUAACCAGAGCACCAACAUCCAGUUCCACCCAAGCUCAUCGAAGUUCGAGGACAGCGCGUCCACGCCAGAGACCUGGGCCAAGCACAGCCACGACAACAUCUAUCGGUCCGAGCGGGAGAAACUGGCCUCCAUCAACCUCCGCGCCCUGAUCGACAACAUCCUCCACGACACGUCCGAGGACCUGCGCAUGCAGUGCGACAGGGUGAACCAGGCCUUUGCCGCGCACUGCGAGGAAAUGGAGGACGCCAAGCACAAGCUGGAACACCAUCUGCGGAAAACUCUUCAGGAGAUCGGGGAGCAGGAGCACAACAUCGCUGCCCUCAAGCAAGCGAUUAAAGACAAAGAAACGCCACUCAAAGUAGCUCAGACGAGGCUGUUCGAUCGUUCAUUUAGGCCCAACGUUGAUCUCUGCAGAGAUGCUGCCCAGUUCAGGCUCAUCAGCGAAGUUGAGGAACUGACGGCAUCUAUUGAGGCUCUCAAGAAGAAGCUUCUGGACUCGGAACAGGCGCUCAGGAACCUGGAAGACACGCGGAUGAGCCUGGAGAAGGAGAUUGCCGUGAAGGCCAACAGUAUUUUUAUCGACCGGCAGAAAUGCAUGGCCCAUCGCACCCGGUACCCAACCGUUCUUAAACUUGCAGGCUAUCAGUAGGAAAGUUCCCUCAGCUAGAGGGAUGCAAGCAAGUAAUGAAUUUUUGUCUUAGGACCCUUUUAGCAGACAAGAGAAGCCUCAACUUGUUUAGUGCAGCCAAGAAUGCAUUU